UUUUGUUGUUUAAAAAACUGUGAGUGCAAAAUUGUGACGUGUAUGUGUGGUUUUUACUUGGUUUUUUACUAUAUAUUGGAAUGUUCAAAUUGAAGGAAUUUACUUCAUGAGGCUGAGUGCGACAAGGACGGCGGAGGGGUGAGCGAGCGCGAUGCUCCGCUGGCUGCUGCUCGCCGCCGUCGCCGCCGCGGCGCACGCGCAGAACAACCGGAACGACGGCCCCCGGUUCCUGUCGCGUGGACACUCCUUCAGGACGGUAGUUGGUGAUACGCUGCUGCUGCCAUGCCAAGUACAGAAUUUAGGCUCCCUAGUGCUGCUCUGGCGGCGCGGGCCCGCCGUCCUCACCGCCGCCUCCCUCAUGGUGACCAGAGACGAGAGGUUCCGCCUCGUCGACGGGUACAACCUGCAGAUCACUGACGUGGGGCCGCAGGACGCCGGCGACUACGUCUGCCAGAUCUCGGACCGCGUCUCACGGGACCAGGUGCACACAGUGGAGGUGCUGGUGCCGCCGUCCGUGCGCGCGGCGCCGGAGUCUCGGCACGCGGCGGCGCGGCGCUCCGGGGCCGCCGUGCUCGAGUGCCGCGCCGCCGGCAACCCUGUGCCUAGCGUCGUUUGGCAUAAACUGAAAACCCCGCCCUUCGCGCAGAACGACACGCGGGUCGGGGAAGGCCCUCAACUCCAGCUGUCGCGGCUGGAGCGCCAGCAGUCCGGCGUGUACGCCUGUACUGUCGACAACGGCGUCGGGCCGCCGCUGGUGACGCAGUUCACGUUGCAGGUUCUAUACCCCCCAGAGAUCACGGUGGAGCGGUCGUGGGUGCACACGGGGGAGGGGUUCCGCGCGGAGCUGCUGUGCACAGUCCUGGCUGACCCGCCUGCUGAGGUGACGUGGUACCAGAACUCGUUCCCCCUCGCCGCGACGCAGCGCGUGACGAUGUCGGCGCGAGGGAACAACCACACGUUGCUGAUAGCUAAUGUGCAGCCCGAGGACUUUGGCAACUACAGCUGCGUAGCGGACAACAGCCUGGGCCGCGCGCGCCAGCACGUGGAAGUCUCGGGCCGCCCCUCCCCCGCGCGCUUCACCUCCUCCCCCGCGGCGCGCACCCCCUCCACCUACUCGCUGAGCUUCGCCGUGGACAGCUACCCCCCGCUGGACGAGCUGAGACUGCUGUAUCGGCAGCUUGCUAUAAACGAGUCGUUCCAGCAGCCGGGCCGCUGGCACGACGUGGUGAUCCCGGCGCCGCCGCCGUCGCCCUCGCUCACGCACCGCGUGACCCACGAGCUGAGAGGGCUCCAGCCCGGGGCGGUCUACGAGGCCAUCGUGCAGGCGAAGAAUAGAUACGGGUGGAAUGAGGUGAGCGAUAUCUUCCAAUUCCACACUCUGGGCGGACCGCACUCCGUCCACGCGGACGAGUUGUCCCCGAUGUUCUCUACGGCGUCCCAGCGAGAACUGACGGCGUGCCUCACGACGCUCGCCUUAUAUACCCUCCUACUACUCGUGCAGUGAGCGCGUCGGCCAAUCAGCGUCCACGAUAGUGUUGACUAAUCACGGCGUUGCGUUGAUUGUCAGUGUUUUGUUUUGUUUCGGAGUUAUGGACUUACUGAGCCAUUUGUGCUUUUUGGUGGAUAUUUUGCAGCUUUUAUGGGAAAAUGGCAAUUUGUGUAGAGUAUCCUUCUCAAAAUGAAAAGCCUAAAAAAACAGCAUCAGAAGCAACUACCGACUUAAGGGCCUAUUUAGGUAUAACUUCAAAUGAGUGGGUAGGGAAGGGGAUGCAUGAUUUGUGAAAAUAUUCCAGAUAUUUAAGGCAAAUAAGAAACCUCAUUUUUUUAUUUCUGUAAAAAAUUAUGACACCAAAAUACGAGUAUGAUAUACCAAGAAAAGUUUUGUAAGCAUUUAAAGCGCAUAAGAAGUGUUGUGAAUUUUUUAAAUUUAAUUAAAAAUACUUAUACAUAGACUGUGUCUCUUUAAUAACAUAAUGUUUAAUAAGUACAUUUUUUUAUUUAGUAAUUUUAUAAUAGUGUAUAAUCUCGAUAUAGAUUUAGAUAAUUAUGUCAUUGUAAAUACCUAGUCACUAUAUUUUGUUAGAUUUAAAAUAACCCCGCAAUUUAAAAAAACCCCAGUUUCCUUAAAACCCUGGAUUAGAAAAUAAUCUGCCAGUACUUUUAAUCAAUGAUUAACCUAGAUGUUUCGGUAACUUACCAGUAACCAGUGAUAUCAGUGAUACCAGUGAUAUCAGGGGAAGACCCAUAUUUAGGGGAGGGGGAGGGGGGGCUUAAGGUUCAGGUAUGCUUAUAGCUAUAUUUUUUUUUAAUACGAUCUGUGUACUAAGUAAGUUAUACAACAAAGAAAUAUUUUCCAAAUAAACAUCCAAUGUUUUCCUCCGUUUCUUCAAGAAAAUCUAUUUUUACCAAUAACAAGUCUAAAGACAUUUUAUUUUUAUUCAAAUACUAUAGUUAAUAGUCCAGUAAUAAUGAAUUUAUAAUUAUGAUAAUACAUAUUUAUAUUAAUAUAGCAAUAAACUGUGUUAGUGAUAAAUGCUUAGAAAAUAUUCUAUGAUGUUAAAAAUUUAUUUACUUAGUCAUUUUUAUGUAAAAAAAAAACUUUUUUAUUUGUGCAAUAUUGUAUGAUUUUGUAAAACAUGGGAAUUGAAUUUAAUAUUCUUUUAAAUGUAGAAAGAACAUAUUUUAAGUGAAAUGUAAGCAAUAAUUAAACACAUCAUUAGCUUUUAAUUUGAAUUUAAAACCACUAGGUAUAUUUUAAAUUAAAAUAUUUAAACAAAAAACACUGCCACCGUAUUUUUGAAAAUGAAUUGAUUUUUUUUUGCCGAAAUUAUUAAUAUUUUGUAAUUAAUUCCAAGUUCGGCCAUAAAUAAGUUUUUUAAAAUAGAAUAAAUUGUAACUUUUUUCUAGCGGUAACUACUUAUUGCAUAAUUUGUAAAUUUCGAAAUGUAGCAUUUUUCCUUAAAUUUUGAGGGGAAAUUAAACAUUAUGUAAGUAGAAAUAAACGGGAAAAGUUUAUUACAAAAUUUAAAAA